AUGCUGAAAACAGCGGAUAUCGCAGCUGCUCUCGCGGCUCACUAUGUUCCUAUCCUAGAGAUCAUCAUCCUUACUGGUGUCCUUUGGCAAUUGGUCUCGGCGGUCUAUAACGUCUUUUUCCAUCCUCUGCGCAAAUAUCCGGGGCCAAUCCUACAACGAGCUACGUCAUUGCCAUGGGCUAUCCAAAAUGCGAUCGGGACUCAGGCAUUCCGCACUCAGCGACUCCAUGAUCGGUACGGGCCAGUCGCACGCAUCAGCCCGAAUCAUCUGUCCUUCACUCAAGUAGAUGCUUGGAAGGAUAUCUACGGGUUCCAACCCAGCAGCAAAGGCUCGACCGAGAUGUCAAAGUCCAAGGUCUUCUCCGAAACGGUCGAGGAGCUACCCAGAAGCAUCAUCAACGCCGACCGUGAGGAGCACCAGCGGCUCCGUCGCGCACUGGCGCACGGCUUUUCAGACGCCUCCAUGAGAGAACAGGAGGGCAUGAUCAUCAAGUACAUCGACAAGCUCAUCUGCAGACUGAAAGAGUUCUCGAGAGAUGGUAAAGAACCGCAAAAUAUCGAGGGUUGGUACAAUUGGACCACCUUCGACGUCGCGGGCGACCUCAUUUUCGGACAAUCUUUCGGAUGCCUCGAUCGAGCUGACUACCAUCCAUGGAUUGCAUUCAUCUUCGGGGCUAUUCGAUUUGGUGCAACGAUGACUUCGCUGAAAUACAUUGGGCUCGGCUCUGUUGUUCAAGCUCUCUUCAAGAUCGGCGGAAUGAGAGCCAUGACUAAGUUGCGGGAGAGCACCGACGGCAUGCUGGAGAACCGAAUGAAUAUGGAGAAGGAGCGAAAUGAUCUGUUUGAAGGACUUCUGAAACGCCGAGAAGAAUGGAAUCUCUCAUUCGACCAUCUGUCUGCAAAUGCUCUCAUUCUAACCUUGGCAGGGUCGGAGACGACUGCUACGACACUCGCCGGGGCAACAUACCUCCUCUUGAAACAUCCAGAAGUUCACGAGAAGCUGAAGGAGGAAGUUCGCUCGACGUUCAAGGAUGCGAGCGAAAUCAACAUCAACUCUGUCAGCAAGCUAUCAUACAUGUUAGCGGUGUUGAACGAGUCUUUGCGAUUAUAUCCGCCGGUCACCGCAGGCCUGAUUAGAGAAGUACCGGCAAAUGGCUGGAAAAUUGCUUCGGAGCACAUUCCGGAGGGGACAUUUGUCGAAAUCCAGCAGUGGUCAUCCAACCAUAGUCCGGAUAAUUGGGCUGAGCCUUGGAAGUUCGAUCCUGAACGAUUCAUAGACGAGGACUCGAGCAAUGUGAACCAAUUCGACUCUCUGCAGGCUUUCAGUGUUGGACCCCGAAAUUGCAUUGGUCGAAAUCUAGCUUAUGCGGAGAUGAGACUUGUGCUAGCCCGGAUCAUCUUCGAGUUUGAUGUUUCCUUGGGGAAGGAUAACGAAGACUGGAUCGAGAGACAGCGAGCUUUCGGUCUCUGGGACCGGAUCCCUCUGAAGGUGUACCUGACGCCGGUCUCUCACUGA